ACCUUCCUUUUCCUUACAGGCUUUUCUCAGCGUGAGCCGAGUCCGUGAAAUGGGAGGACUCUUAGUGAGGGCCCCAGAAGAGCCCAGCCUCAGCAGCAUCGUCACCGAGGAGGACAUCCGGGUCUAUGUGCGGCAGUUCCAGAAGUCCGGUUUCAGAGGUCCCCUAAACUGGUAUCGAAACAUGGAGCUGAACUGGCAGUGGGGCUGCAAAGCUGUGGGAUGGAAGAUCCUGGUUCCGGCCCUGAUGGUAACCGCGGAGAAGGACCCCGUGCUCGUUCCUGAGAUGUCCAAGCAUAUGGAGGACUGGAUCCCCUACCUGAAAAGGGGACACAUUAAGGAUUGUGGACACUGGACACAGAUGGAGAAGCCCACCGAGUUGAAUCAGAUCCUCACUGAGUGGCUGGAGACUGAUGCCAGGGACCCACCGGUGGUCUCGAAGCUUUAGGGUGUGGCUCGUGCCAGCCCCCAGCAGGCCUUCAAGCCCUUCUUCUGUUGGGUGCUCCUCUUGGAACCCAUCAUUUAAUUUUAGUUAAUAUAAAUCUGAAUUGCCCUGUCUGGCAGGCAAUAGCUUCCAGGUGGCUCAGGGCAGACCCAACCCUUCCCUCUAGCCGUUCCUUCCCCAGCCACGUCCAGAAGCCAUGUCUCCUCCAGGUGUGGCCCCUCCCCGAGGCUUCAAGCCCUCAUCGUCUCCUGCCCAGAGCCGCGCAGCACUUGGGUGGGAAAUACCCAUGCCUCACUGCUCAGAGGAAUCCAUCUAGCCACACAUGAUAAAAUAUUUUCUUAGCAGCUGUAGAAGUUUCUCCCGAGUGUUGGCUACCGCACGCAGUUGUUAACUGUCUGCCCUGCGAGAUGGUAAGGCCCGUGAGAUUGGCGGCUGCCUGUCUAGGUGAUGCAUCCUUGAUCCUAACCCAACAGAUGCCUGGCAUUUUGUAGAUGCUCAUUAGAUGUUUGCUGGGUGACUCAGAGAAUGGAAGCAUGGGUGGAUGGAUAGAUAAAUGGGUUCAUUUCAAAUUCUUGAUUUUGAUGUCCUACCGGGUGAGGUAGAUGGCCAAUCGCAUGACUGUGUCCACCAUACAAAGCCUCGAUGGAACAAGACUCUUGGGGCGCCCGGCUGGCUCAGUCGGUAGAGCGUGCGACCCUUGAUCUCAGGGUUGUGAGUUCAAGCCCCAAGUUGGACG